AUGGGCAGCCACCACGCAGAUGAACGAAAACAAGUCCUUCAUCGACUUUUGAUCGCCACGGCCUUGUGCUCCUUCUUUCUAAUUGUCGAAGUAGUUGGGGGUCUAUUGGCUGGAUCUUUGGCAGUUCUCAGCGAUGCUGCUCACUUAUUUGCCGAUCUUGCAAGUUUUGCUGUUGCGAUCGCUGCCACUUUCCUUGCCAGCAUGCCAGCAACAAAAGCCCACACCUAUGGAUUGAAGCGAUCUGAAUCCUUGGGUGCAUUGUUCAGCAUGACAAGUUUGGCCUUUGUGACGGUGACGCUUGCGUACGAAGCCGUUCGACGAUUAAUCACACCGGAAGAAGCACCAGUGGACGGAAAACUCAUGGUAGUCAUUGCCUCAAUUGGAGUGGUAGUUAAUAUUGCAUUGGCAUUUGUAUUGGGAGAGAAUCACGUUCAUUUGCCUGGCUCCUCGCACGGCCAUGCGCAUGAACACGGACCAUGUGGUCAUGACGACGAAGAACAUGGGGGGCAUGACCAUUCCAGCAAGCAUCACGAGGAGGAGUCGCAUGAUCAUCACGAUCAUUCUCACAAGCACCAGGAACAUGAUCACAGUCACGGUCAUGAACACCAAGAAGAAUGUCACGAACACCAUGGCCACGAUCACGAUGAUCAUCACAAGGAUAGCCAUGAUCAUCAUGAAACAGAGACUAGUUCACUCAUUCCAAAGAAAGAUGAGGGAGGAUGCCAUGGCCAUGGACACGGACACCAUGAAUCCAAGAAGAAACCUACGAGAAAUGUCAAUUUACAGGCUGCUUACCUGCACGUCUUGGGAGAUUUGGCAUUGAGCGUUGCUGUCCUUAUUGCGGGACUAAUCAUCUGGUUCAAGCCAGAAUGGCAAAAGCUGGAUCCCAUCAUUACCAUUGUAUUUAGUGCCAUGGUCUUUUACUCGACACUUGGUGUUCUGAGAACUUCGAUUGCGGUUCUUUUGGAAGAAAUUCCCUCAAGUAUUUCUUGGCAAAAGGUCUUUGAGGAUAUUUCCAACAUUCCUUGCAUCAACAAUGUCCACGAUCUCCAUAUUUGGAGCAUUCAUCAUGGAGAAGCAGCGCUGACGGUUCACUGUUCAUCGGAUGAUGCGAACGCCUUGACGGAAGUGUAUAAGGUGUGCAAAGCGCAUGACAUUAGCCAUGCUACCAUACAAAUUCAGCCAAACGAGGAGGGCUGCGCGACUUGUACCAUCUCUUGCAUGAGCCACUUUGAAAGCUCCACCAGUUGCUAG